CACACUGAUGUCGCUGUCAAGCGUUUUGAAUUUGAGUGGAGCAAUAAUCUCAGAGGCCCAGAUGCCGGAUAGCAGGUUAUGCAUAGCAAACGAAAGCACAUUAGUUCAGUGCGGAAGGAAGAGAAAAAAUGGGGAGGCUUUAUCCACCGAGUCCACGCAUUCUCUCUCUUCUUCUCCUCCUCUUUUUUUCUAGCUUUUCAGCUUCGUCAGAAGCUACGGUAACAGCGACAAGGCUGGCUCAGAAGGGAAGGCCUGGGUUUCUCUACACAAGAACUAGAGGAAGAUGCACUCCCCUGUACUGGAGCAGCAGGAAUGAGGCGUGGCCGAGGAUGGUCCCACAGGAAGCAACAGUGUCUAAGGUGUUCGGAUGGAGGGCGAGUGAACGCUACAGAUCUGAUCUGACUCUGUUGGAAGCAACAGCGAGAAAAGACAAGGAGAACGCUUUCCACAGGUUGUUGAAGCAGGGGACUGCAUCACUGCUCAAUUCAUAUGCCAGAAAGGGUUUUCCUUACUCGGCUUGGGAGAUUAAGACUUUGGUUUUACAAGCAAUGGUGUCGGAAGAGGCUGCAGCUCGUCAAGCUCAAGGGUUCUCAGUUGCCAAUGAGGCCUGUAGCUAGUGUGUGAUUAAACCCAUGUUUCUGUCUGUGUUUUGUGCCUUGAGAAGCCUUUGUUUGGUUCUGUGAAUUAAUGGACAAAGCAACUAAACCCUUCAGCGAUUUUUAUUUUA